UAUUUAGUGUCUUUAUCCAUAAACUUCUUAGAGUGAAUGUGGACUGUCAGAAGCAGACAGUGGAGCCUGAGGAAAUCUCAUUUGGUACUCUACGACAGUCACAGAUGAUCCCAAAUCUUUUUCUGUCCAUCAAGAUAACAGAGAUAGUUGAAGUUGGACACUUCUGGGGUUACAGGACAGAUGAAAAAAAUAGGAUUGUACUCCAGCACCUAAGUUCUGAAAUUACCUACCAGAACCUGAGGGAUUUGCAGGUGUCUCCACAUCCAGAGUUGGUUUGUCUGGCACCAUUCACUUAUCUAGAAAACAAAGGAUACUAUAGAGCUCGUAUUCUGUGUGUUUGUGGAGAUUUUGCUGAGGUUUUUUUUGUGGAUUAUGGCAAUAGAUCAAAAGUGCAUUUAAAGAGUUUAAAAGAGAUUCCAAGCUGUCUUCAAGAGCUUCCAUUCCAGGCUUUAGAAUUCAAGAUAUGCAAGAUGCGUCCAUCUGCAAAAUCUCUUGUAUGUGGGGAAUGGUGGAGUUACAGUGCCAGGCAGAAAUUUGCCUCACUAGUGAAUGGCUAUGGUCAUUCAGUGAGGGUGUAUUCGCUUGUGCGUAAUGUCCUGCGUGUGGAUGUCUUCCGUUACUCGAGAUCCAAAGAGCUUGUGAAUAUUAGAGAUGUGCUUAUUGAAGAAUGUUAUGCUGAACUAGCAGAAGAAUCCUAUGAAUCACAACAAAGCCAUGAUUUGCUCAAGAGAUUAUUUUUGGACCAAGUAAAGAAAGAAGAGAACAUGCCUGUACCUUCGACAGAAGGAGAACAGCAUCUCAUUGAAAGAUUGUUAAACUGGAUUUCUGACAGUAAAUCUGAAGCACCAACCCAUAAGGAUUUUGAUUUGGAGCGAUCCAGGUGCUGGCUAGCUAGAGUGUCAUUUGUUCUCUCUUUGAAGGUAACGGUUUUUGGCCCAUUCAGUCCUUAUGAGGUGAGAUGCUACACUAUGACUAGAGUAUCCCAGUUCAGAAAUGCUGUCAUACAAAAGGAAAGCAUAAACUCUGUUCUUGUCAAUGAUGCUCCAGAAGACAGCUUUCAGCGAUUGUUGGUCGCUGCGUCUUUAUCAUUAAAUGCAACAGGAUCUACUGUGGUUUUAGAGGAAACAUCUUUGAUGCCUCCUAUUCCCGGCCUACCUGCACUCCUCAGUAUGCUCUUUGCUCCUGCUGUAGAACUCAGGGUUGAUAAAGAGGGAAAGUAUUUUACUGGUGUUCUGUGUGGUUUGGGUUGGAGUCAGACACGUGGGGCUCCACUACUUCCAGAAAAUGACAUGGAGCUGACAUUUGAUGUGCAUCUUGGAGUGGAAGACAUAUCAGAGAUAAACAUCCUAAGGUCAGCCAUUAAUGAGCUGCUCUGUGAAUGUGUAGUGUGUUCUGGACAAGAGAGAAUGACACAGCUACAGGAAAACAUUCGUCAGCAACUUCUAUGUUUAAUCUGCAAAUCAAAACCUCGAGAUACAAUUGUUCGUACGUGGUUUGAGAAACCAUACGCGUGGAAUCAGGUGUCCCGGUCUGUGCCUGUGCGCCUGCUGCCAUCUGGUGGGGGUUACUGGUGCUGCUUGUUCCCCUCUGAAGGUCUCCUGCGGGUUGUGAUGCUUUUG